AUGGGAAUCUCAACUGUUCCACCAAUCGCAAUCAUCGGCGGUGGCCCAUGCGGCCUCAUGCUAGCACGUCUGCUUCAAACCGCAAGCAUUAAUUACGUCGUUUUUGAGCGCGACGAAUCUCCAACGUCAACCCUCAGAAGCCAAGGAGGUACGCUAGACAUCCACAGAGAUUCAGGUCAAGAAGCGCUUCGUCGCGCGGGUCUUCACGACCAAUUCAAGUCAUUAGCUCGAUACGAUGCAACGACAAUGACCUUGAUGGACUUUCAAGGGAAGUUCAGUGCUUCGUUUGGAGAUGAUGACGGCGGAGACAGACCAGAGAUUGAUCGUCAGCAGCUACGACAGUUGUUACUCAACUCUUUACCAACUGAGCGUAUUCGCUGGGGCAAGGUUUUGGAUACCGUUGAUCAGAAAGAAAACAGAGAAACGCGUGAUUUGACUCUCAAGUUUCGCGAUGGAUCGAGCGAGAGUGGCUUUCGACUCAUUGUCGGAGCAGACGGUGCUUGGAGCAAAGUGCGAUCUGUUGUCACUGACGCUAAACCUAUCUAUUCUGGCAAAUCAUUCAUUGAAGGCAGAAUAUCCCCUGGCAACUCACAAUACAAAUUCGCGCAAGAGAUAGCAGGCAAAGGAACAGCAAUGGCAAUGAGUGCUAAAUCCACCCUCGCAGUCCAACAGUUAUCCGAUGCCUCAUACCGGAUAUACAUGGGCGUGGUGGCACCUGAAUCCUUGACGCGUCCCGGUGGUGAUGCUGAUCCAAAUGAUAUGGACAAAGCGCGAAAAACAAUGCUCGGACCUGGAGGCUUCUACGAUAAUUGGACACAAGAUUUGAAACGUUUAAUCGAAGCUUCUGAGGGACCCUGGCGACCCUGGCCACUUUAUCGCCUCGACAAGACCCUCUUCUCUUCUAAUAAUGAAGACGCAUACGGUAGUGGACUCAGAUGGAAACGCGUUCCGGGAGUUGUUCUCCUCGGAGACGCCGCGCAUCUCGCGACUCCAAAUGGCGAAGGCGUGAACCAAGCCAUGUAUGACGCGCUCGUACUAUUUGACCAAAUCAUUGCUGAGACUGCGGCUGCUGGAGGUGCCUAUGAUCAGAAGGCUGAUGCAGAAGCUUUGGAGCGCGCUAUUACUGCUUAUGAAAAGGAGAUGCGACCGAGAGCAUUGGAGCAUAUCCAGAGUAGCAUUGACAUGGAAGAUAUGAUGUACGCUGAUGAUGGGGCUCAGCGCAUGAUAGAGGCUUUCAAGUGCGCUCAUGGCGAGAAUUAG